AUGAGUUGUCCAGCUGGUAGCAGUUGUGUCAUAGGUGGACUCGGCGUAGGAUUGUGCUGCGAUGACGCGAAUGAGGAGCAAUGGCAUCAGGAAACACAAAAACCUCCUUGUCAAGUCGGUCGAAUAUUGACGCGCAACGUAUUUUAUGGAGUAGAGGUGUGGAUUGGCAAAAGCUGUGCCCACAGAUUCUGUCCGUACGGUUACGAAUGUGUUCAAGGAAGACGUGUAGCGCACUGUUGUGGCCCGAUACCGAACUUCAGAGAAAAGCUGUACCUGGAGGAUAACACUAUUAUUGUUAACGAAUAUCCAAAGCCAAGAGAAAUCGUGAACUCGACACAUUGA